AUGCCCGUAGGCCACGGCCGCCGCAUGAGGGGCGGCACCAGCCGCGUGCUUGCCCUUCUCUUCCUCACCCUUGUCGUCCUUGCACAGGUCGCCAACGCCUACCACCAGGUCGGCACUGCUCCCGAGCGCCGGUCGCGUGUUCGUUCGCCCCAGCCCAUUGGGUUGGGAUACGGCGGCUACAACAAGCGUCAGGCAUCCACCGGCUCGUCCACCGACUCGGCAGUCGCUUCUGUUGACAACACACCUGUCACAAACGACGCAACCCCCACCGCUGCUGCGGCUCCCGACACGACAUCGCCCGCAGCAGACUCCUCCUCGUCCUCGGCGCCCGCCCCCAGCUCUGCACAGGACACAGCACCGGCACAGGCCGAGGUCACAACUUCGUCCACCGACACGCCCGCCAACCAGGCAGCGUCUACUCCAGCGUCUACUCCAGCCUUCACCCCCGAGGUGGCCAGUACCCAGGAGCAGAGCACCGAGCAGACCCAGCAGGCAGUGUCCACCCCUGCGUCCGAGUCUGCGUCUACCCCUAGCUCGGCCCAGGACUCUUCGACUGCGGACCCGUCCACCCCUCAGCCAUCGUCGACUACUCCCGUCAGCGACGUGACCACCCCGACGCAGCAGGACAGUGUGUCGUCGGCAGACCAGACCACGCCUGUUGCCCAGAGCACUCCCACCGUUGAGAGCACUCCCACUGUCGAGAGCACUCCCACUGUCGAGAGCACUCCCACCGUUGAGAGCACUCCCGUUGUCGAGACUACCCCCGUUGUUACGACCGCCAGCACUGAGCAGUCUACGACGCCCCAGUCUACUCCCUCGGCCAGCACCGAUGACACUCUGAACGAGCAGACCAGUGCCUCGUCGACCGUCGACCAGAGCACCGAUGUGCAGACUUCCCAGACCACUGAGGUGCAGACGCCUACCCCCAGCACGACCGAGGUUACCACGACUGCUACAUCGACGGACAGCGUGACCACGCCUGAGCCCUCGUCGGUGACCCCCAGUGCAAACGUCUCGGACCCUGUGAACGGCGGAGCUUCUGUUCCCCCCAUCACCUCGAUCACCUCGGACUCCCAGACGACCCCCGCGGCAACUGAGAACGCCACGACCGAGGUGGUCUCGACCAGUGACUCGACGACUGGCCCGACUUCGAACACGGACACGAUCCAGACGACGUUCACGACUCGUUCAGAUGCCAACUCGACCCUCUCGGGUGUCCUCCAGUCCAUCGUGUCCUCUCUGUCUGUUACGUCGGCAACCACCACUGAGUCUGUGACCACGUCGUCGACGACGGAGUCGACUGCUACCCCCAGCACCACCCCGGAAUCUUCAGUCUCCGAAACCACCGUCUCCGAGUCGACGACAACCAGUACCGAGACGCUGAUCACUGCGACGCCAACCCCAACUGUGGCCCCGAUCGUUAGCACAACGGAGACGAGCACAACUGAGACGAGCACGACGGACACGCCUUCGACCGAAGCAGCAUCUACUCCCAACGUGACCAGUGCUACUACCACGACAACGCAGACCACGGAGAGCUCGUCUACAACCGAGACGUCCACGACCGAAACGUCCACGACCACGGAGUCGACAACCCCCUCGCCAACGACUACGCAGACAUCGACUGCUCAGACGACCCAGGACACAACUCAGCAGACUGUGGCCACGGUUCAGGACACGACCGUUCUCAGCACGAGCACGACCGAGUCUCCCACUGUGUCCUCGACCACAGACGAGUCCACUGUUGUUACCACCCCCGACGACUACCCAGUGGAGGUCUCGACGAGCAGCACUGAUGUUGUCUCUACGUCAACUACCGAUACCACCACUGCCGUUGUCGUCACCCCCACGACUAGCGAGACGCAGGUCGACCAGACUGUUUCGUCGACGACGACUGAGCAGCCGUCCUCGUCCACGGACACCCCCGUGGUUAGCUCCUCAACCACGGACACCCCUGUUAUCUCCUCGACCACGGACACCCCCGUCGUCGUCUCGACCGCCAGCAGCGAUGCCGUGCAGCCCGAGCAGACCGUCUCGUCAACUACCGACGUUGUCUCUCCCACCGAUGUGUCCCAGCCCGAGCAGACUGUUUCGUCAACCACGACUGAGCAGCCCGCAUCCACCGAGACCUCCGUUGUUGUCCCCACCACGGACACCCCCGUCGUCGUUUCGACUUCCUCGACUGAGGACGUGCAGCCCGAGCAGACCAUCUCGUCAACUACCGACGUUGUCUCUCCCACCGAUGUCGUGUCCCAGCCCGAGCCGACCGUUUCUUCGACGACUACCGAGGAGCCCGCAUCCACCGAGACUCCUGUUGUCGUCCCGACCCCCACGACUGAUGCCACGCAGCCGGAACAGACUGUGUCGUCCUCGACUCAGGAUGAGUCGUCCGCUACCGAGCCCCAGACUGUUCCCUCGACCGAGACUCCUGUGUCUACUCCUCAGGUCGAGCCCACCACUCCCACUGUCGAGCCCACUGUUGAGCCCACUGUCGAGCCUACUGUUGGUACUGUUGAGCCCACUGUCGAGCCCACUGCCUCGCCUACCAGCGUUGAGACACCUGGCGCCACCGACGUUCCCGUUGCGACCGACGUUCCCGUCGUCAGUGGCGACUCGACCACGCCCGAGCCUACUGUUUCCACCGAGGUUCCAGUCGUCACUGGCGGUACCACUACCACCGACCUGCCAGAGGUCACCGGCGGCACCACCGAGAUUCCCGAGGCCACCGGCGGCACGACUGAGGUCCCUGUCGUCACCGGCGGUACCACAGAGAUUCCUGAGGUCACUGGCGGUACGACCGAGGUUCCCGUCGUCACCGGCGGUACCACAGACCUGCCCGAGGUCACCGGUGGCACGUCGGAGGUCCCCGUCGUCACUGGCGGCACGACCGACCUGCCAGAGGUCACCGGAGGCACCUCGGAGAUUCCUGUUGCCACUGGCGGCACCUCGGAGGUCCCUGUUGCCACUGGUGGCUCCACGGAACUUCCCGAGUCCACGGGUGGCACGCCGACGAUCAGCGGCGACCUUCCUGUUGAGACCGGCGCCACUACUGGAGCUUCGACUGUCACUGGUGGUGCGACCGGUCAGGUUACGGACUCGCCCGGUGACACUGCCACUGACGAGGCCACGGCCCCCGGAACGACUUCUUCCACAACUGUCAACACGGACGUUUACACGCCCACCGCUACCGACCUUGUCAUGGCCACUACUGUGCCGGUGACUGCUGCCGCCGAGGGCCAGACCACCGACUCGACUGCGGCCCCCGCCACUGCCACUCUUGGCAACAUUCCGAUGAUUAUUCUUCCCGUGACCACUGCCUCGCCCGAGGAGACUGCGCAGUCGACUCUGGUCUCGAUCCUGCUCAACCGCAACAGCUACCCUUGGCCGUUUGUUACCAACAACGCCAACGCGAGCUCGCAGCUGUUCCGCAACUUCCCGAUCCUUAUUUCGAACGCUCUCGGCAUCGACGUCUCGCAGGUCCCCUCUGACAGCCUCGAGGUGUACCAGCCGGCCAACUGGGACGGUACCGACUCGACUCUCGGCACCCAGUGGCUCGGUUACAUUCCCUCGGACCAGUUCAACACCCUUGAGGCCUACGUCUCCACCAGCUCGUCGCCCCUCUACAACCAAUCUGGUCUUCCGGGUCAGCUUGCUGCGCAGAUUGACCCUUCGUACCCGCUCAGCUCCAUGGCGUCGUACAAGGCCAACGCCCAGUCUGGUUCGAGCGGCGGCAACUCGUCGAGCACCCGCAAGCGUGACAUUAUCAUUGGUGUCUGUGUCGGUGUUGGCGGUCUGCUCUGGAUUCUUCUCGUCUACUGGAUCUACAAGCGCGUCAAGCGUGCGAACGAGCGCGUUGUCAACAAGCGUCUGUCAGAGCACAUGUCCAUGUUCUCGGGCCGCACUGGCGACAACCCCUUCGCCGACGAGCGCCGCCACUCGAACACGCCGUCCAUUGCCGCGUCGGAGAUUGACGACCGCCCGUCCUCGUUCUACGCCAGCCCGCUGGACAACUACCCCGCUAUGCGUCGCCGCCAGGUCGAGUCGUACUACACCGACCAGGCUGGCGUGGGCGACACGUCGCCUACCCAGCAGUCUCACCACAUCAACUCUGUGUUUGGCUCCUCUUGGUUCCACAACACUCAGUAUGCUGCCGGUAGCGCUGCGGGUGCGCCUAGCGGAACUGGUUCGGUCCCAGCCCAGCGCCAGAGCGGAAACCCCUUCGACGACGUCUACUCCCGCACGUCACCCACGUCGCCCCGCAUGUCUGCUCGUCCUCAGCGCCGCUCGGUGCAAAAGGACAUGAUCUCGCAGCCGACUCUGCAGGGCAACUCGCUCGAGUUUAACGAGUACGACUACAACCGUUAA